UGUUAACACCCUAUAAUGUAGAAUCUAAACGUAAACAAGAAUAUGGAGAAAGAAGAAUAGGGAAAAGUCAUAAUGACAAUUUGUAUGUCAUUACUUUAUUGAAUUUUGUUGUAUAAGAUUUUAAUUUGUAAUAAGAGGCACGACCGAAUAAUAGACAUUUAAUGUCGUUUCUCUUUUAAAACAGAAACUCAAAAGUGUCUUAAUUUGUGUGCCAUCCUAAACAAAAUAAGGAAUCGUCUUAUAAAACGACAUUAUCGUCUUAACAAAUUCACUAUAUGAUGGAGAGGUUAUGUUUCGAAUUUGUAGUCAAAGCUACUGACGACGGCAAGACAAAUGUGAUUUGCCUAACCUCAAUUGCUACUCCUGAGGGCAAAACGUAUAGCAUGCCAGAGCAACAUCAGCAAUUGAAAUUGCACACUGAAUUGAUAAAAAUUCCAAUUUUUACAAAAAUUAAAAAUUCUCUUCAAAGAAGACACCAAAUGAGAAAGGUAUGGAUAACUCUUACAAAAGAAAUAAGGGAAACGUAUUUGGACGAAGAUAAUAUCCAAUUCAAAGACUACCUUUUGGAGGAGAUGAUCCAGACCACACAACCGACCGAAACUGGAACAUCACAAGACGCCCUGUCAAAAGUCUUAGCUCUACUCGAUGAGAGAAAACCUGAACAAAAUAAACCAAUUAUUAUUAACACAAAAAAAUUAGCAGAAAGGUUUGUUUUAGAUAAAUUCGGGGGUAAGAGUUCUGAUGUAAAUCAAUGGGUAAAUACUUUUGAAGGUGAAUGUGAACGAUUCGAAAUUAAAACAGAUAAAGAUAGAAUAGAAAUUUUGCGACUGUUCCUAGAGAGCUCAUGUUUAGACUGGUAUAGUUCGAUGCUUAUAAAAUUUACUUUAGAUUCAAACUGGAAAGACUGGAAAAACAGCUUUUGUGAAACCUAUGCAAAUAAAGGUUGGUCCCCAGUUAGGUAUGCGUUCAAUUUUAGGUACGUGAAUGGUGCAUUGUUAGACUAUGCACUAAAAAAAGGAAGAUUUUUGUUGGAGCUAAACAAGUCUAUUGAUAAAAUCACCUUGCUAGACUUAAUCGUGGUAGGGUUGCCAGACUUCAUAGCAGAUAGGAUCGAUAGGAAAAGUUUACAUAAUACAGACGAUCUUUUCACCGAGUUAAGAGGUCUGGAACACUUAAUAAAGAGACGCACAACAAAAGAAAAUAAAAUGCACGACUGGGUCGCACGAACUUGCUCUUAGAGUUCAAGUUGCUUAAAUUUUUAAGACUUUUGAUAUAGAAAUUUAGAAAAUGUAGGUA